GUCCCAACUCGUCCCAACUCGUCCCGUCACGUCCAUCACGUCCCAGAGGCAAGGCGAAGCUCCACCGCGCGACGGGCUCCACGUGUGCCGGCAGGGUUGCCUUUGCAGGCAUCGCUGUGCGCCCCUGUUUCGCUUCCACGGAGUGGGAAGCCGCUGCGCAUAUUGCAGUAGCGCCGCGCCCAGGCUGGAAACCGUUCGCAAGCCCACAAUGUCCCGACCUCCCCGCAGCCAAAAUCCACGGGCGCAAUUUCAGAAAACUCGUGCAGGCUGCUUUGGGCGUGCCGUGCAGGGCGGCGACGGCGGCGGAGCUGGCUGGGCUGCAGGCACCGUGCUACCCAGCCGCGCGCUCGUCCAGGACGCCACGGCGACCACAGACGCGUCAGGGCGGCAGUGGCCUGGGAGCAGCGCAGCGCUGCAGGCCAGGCCGGCGAGGGCAGAUGGCUCCUCGCCGUGGCGGCCGGGCCGUGUUUCUGCUCCAUUCACUUUCGCGCAGACGGCCGGCCGGCGAGCCAAUGGCUGCCGUGGUGCUGAGGGCGGCGUGUCUGUCUCACAGCCAUUUCCCCCCUGGCUAUAUCGCUGCCCGGGCGCGGCGUGCCAAUCCACGGCCAGGAGCUCGCCCCGGGCCAAUCAGCGCUGCUCCGGCGAGUGCAUUUAUAGUAGGCCAUGGACUUGAAUUCUGCCAGAUUGUGCCCCGGCCAGCGCCCGGCACGCCGUACGGAGCUGCUACGAGGAGGGAAAUGCCCUCGCCGCUCCGUCCCGCGUCAAAAGCAAUCGUCGACACGGCUCGCGGGCCCUGCGGUCGCAUCAACCAGCGCCGUCCAAGGGAGAGCGAGCGAGCCAGCGAGCGAGCGGGCGAAUCCAUGCCGCCGCUUCAAGACAGAGCCCGUUUCUCUGGAGCGGAAGGCUUGCAGCGAUCUGUCCGCUCGCUGCUGGCGCGGGCUGCAGAAUGCAACCUGUCUGCCGUCUCGCUCCACUGGCACUGGGCGUCUCUCGACACGGCGCUGCGCCCGACGUCGCGUCUCAGACGGCCGGCCAGACGACACGGCCAGCACAGUGACAUUCGCAGGAGGCCCAGCGACAUGGCCAAUCUCAAUCUCGCACCGGCUGAUCAAACAAGGACGUUUCUAGAGUCUUUCCAGAAGGAAAUAGCCAAGCGAAGCCGUGGCGCCCGUCUGCAGCCCACGCCGCCCACAACCUGGGCGACGGAUGCAUCAUGGCGAUGCCUUUGGGUGCAGCCAGCUGCGGUGGGCCCAUCGGGGAACAGUCCCGCAGGAUGGGAGGCGGCGGCGGGCGGCCACUGGGAGGGCAGCGCUGCUUCUGGCGGGCUUCUGGACGCGGCGCGACGAGUCAACGGCAGCAGGCAGGGCCAGCGAGGCCAGGCAGUCGAGCGCUGCCGUGGGCUGGCCGUGGUUGGCGAGGCCCGCGCUGACACGGUCUCAUCUAAGCCGCGCGCGUGUCAUCUAGGAGCUGGGAGCUGGGAGCGCGGCCAGCAGAGGAGCACGGCGGUGGCUCGCGGCGAGAGAUCCCCUCGCAGCGCGGGCGGGCAGCGUCAGGAGGCGGUGGUGAGAAAAGGGAGGUUCAAGACGUUGGCUGAGAGGCCCCAAGCGCGGCGGCUUGCGGCAGAGGGCUGCAGGAACACGCUGCUAGCAUUCCUGGUGCGUCGCCGGGUAGGGGUCAACCUUCCCGGUGGAAUCAGCGUGUGUGCAGUGGGUGCAGAUCUCCUGUCCCCCUGGUCGCCGCCAUGUCGGCCCUGUCCCCUGUCCAGCCUGUCCCCCCCUGUGGCCUUUGACCAGAAAUUGUGUGCGCGCCGCCAGCCGACCUGGACAGGGAAGCAUUCGAAACAAGCCGGCCGGCACGUCAUGUUGCCAGGUGCCUGCGCUUGGAUGUCCAGCAGCGCACAGCGCUCAUUUCAUUUGUCUCGCCGGCCAAGAGCGAGCACUUGCAAGUCAGAGCCGCAGCCCCCCUGAUUGCGCUGCCGUCUUACCAUCAUAUAUCAGUCC